GUGCAGUUUGAGUCAAACAGCUGAGUGGUGAAAAUCAGAAGGCUUAUAGAACGCUUCAGGGUUAUAUCUGUGAAAUUUCAAGAUGAACUCUUUCAAUAACAAAACACCGGCUUGUAUGUGUAAGUAAUAUUUAUGCUGAUUGUUGCAGGGAGAUAUUAGCUUAAGUCUAUAAAAUUCUAUAUAAUAAUCCUCAUUUUUUUGAGAUUUGAAUUUCCUGCCUUCGUUUAGAUGCCAAGGGGUUCAAGCUGGACAAAUUUCUUGGUAAUUUACAGGUAAGAAGCUUAUUAACUUCAUUCUAUUAUGAGCAUAAUUAAGCUUAGUUAUUUCCUAUAUAGUAUUUUUGGAACUAGAUCAUGGCCGCUUUGGAGAGUGUGGCAUAUUUACCAUUUACAAAAGAAAGUUAAAUAUUAAAUAAUAAUGAUAAUGAUGAUAAUGAUAAUAAUAAUAAUGAUUAAAAAAAAACUUGCAUUCUGUGCUAAAGCUGGAAUUCUCCAGUCUUUUGUCAGCACCUCUGGCAGGAAUCAAAAUAAUUUUUUAACUGACUGGCCAAAGAAAUUUCAGCUCAGUCAAGUCUCUUUUUUUACUGGUCAUGUUCAAAGUAAUAAAGAUAAUACAAGAAAGAUUUAAACCAAGAGCUUAAAACUUAACAGCUUAACAAGCAAAAAUCCGUAGAGUGCAUUCUUGUCUGUUCAAAAUGAGCAGCAAACCGAAAACUUUUGUAGAAAAUAAUCAAUGAUCAUCUUGGCCGAACUUUGUCCAUAUGCAUUGACCUUCCAUUUUUCUGCUCUUGUAUUUUACAGAGAAACAUGAUCCACUUAAAAAUUGGAUUCUUUGUUGCCAUGCGCCUGUUUAGCAGUAGAUCACGGAUGAGGUCAAAAUGUGCUAGUAGGGGUGGCGAAUGGUACCUCGAAAAACGUGGGUCUCGGAAAAUUUUGGCAGGAUCUCGAAAUCUCGGAAGCGUUUUUGAUAAGUCUCGAAGUCUCGUUUUUUCAUGGUUUGCUUUUACUUUUUUUGAGUCUCGAAACUUUUCACCAAAGAGUCUCGGGCUCGGAUUUCUAACUAGGAUCUCGGCAUCUCGGUGAGUCUCGGAUUUUACCAUUCGCCACCCCUGCUAGUGGAAGCAAACAAAGUGGCAGACAAGCUGCAUGCCAGCAUGUCACUGGUGUUCUUACCAAUUUUUUUGUCUUCUUCGAUCUACUAUGAACAGAUGCUAUGAUAACAUGGAAUCUAUUGGUUUCAUACAAUGAAAAGAAAAUAAAAAAUGAAAAAAACUUGCCCUGCACCACUUGACUGUUUGAGGAUUUGUGCCUGCAGUUAAGUCAUUUUCCAAGUCACAAGAUGGUUGUUACUAGAGGUUCAUAUGUAAUAGAAUAUAUAGAGAUCUAUCUGUAUAGAAGGGGACAUGGGUAUUGCGGUAUUGAGCUAUUUUUUCAAGUGGUAUUUUGGUAAUCUUGAUUUUAAUAUGCGGUAUUGCGGUAUCAUCUAGCCUUGCCAUAUGUGGUUAUAUGGAUACAACUUUAAGUAAGCGUGACUGAUCAUAAAUGUACAGUAGUAUCUGUAUUUUGAUACUGUAUUUCGGUAUUUGCCAAUUUUUCUUAUGGUUGCAUUAUUGGGUACCCCCCAAUGUCCCCCUCUGUAUAACUUGGACAAUUUGUGAUCGAUGUCAAGUAUGCUCCAUAGGGUUAUAAAAUUGCCACCGGUCAAGUGAGUGAGGAUGAGUUUAGAAGAAUCUCUGAUAAAUAUGGUGAGUUCACUGAAUAUACAGUUUUCAAAACCCAUUUGAACUGGGGGUACACAUGUAAGAUACGCAAAAUGUGAAAUAUUGAGCUUUAUGGUUGAUUUUUCAGACUGGUGGAGGGUUGCCCUGGGGUUGCUACCCACUUUUUCCCAAUGAACCUUAAGUACCAGUUAUUGAACAAUUGUACUGAAAGUGAAAUUGUUGACUGCCACAAAAGGAUUGCACAUAUCAUUCACCAGCAGCUUAACAAAAAUACAAUGAAACUAAUGACUCAGAAGCACUUUGUCUACUUAUGGUAAAUGUAGGAUGCUAGUGGCCGAGGCACUGCUGGGAGCACAUGACAUUUUUAAACUGUGAAUCAGUACAUGCAUGGCCCUGUUGAGGAAGAAUGUAAAGUUAUUAUUAUCCAGAUUAAAAUAAAACAAUUUCAACCUUGGAUUAUGACAAGCUUGAACCUGGUCAAAGUUCUUUGAUAAGUAUCAAGCAUUAAUCUACAGCAGUAUUUAAUAAUUAUUUUGUUUUAUAGGUUCUGAUGAAGGUGCUGUGUUUGGUUCACUUAUUACAAAUGCCUCUGGCAGUUACAAGAAUAAAGGUAUAAACUACCGACUAAAAUUUGUUUUUUGCUAAGUCACGCUGCCUUCUUUCAAAGGCACCUUUCUCCUCUAAAAUUAGUUUAUCCAGCUGAUCUUUCAAGAGGCAAUUUUCUUUAUGGCUGAUUAAGAACCUCCAUCAAUUACCUGAUAACCCUGGCAGUCUCUGAAG